AUGAAUUUUCGGCGAAUUUAUGUCGAAUUUGUCAUGACUUUGAUGUUCGCUAAAGAGUUUACACUAAAUUUGUUAAGAUUGGUAAAUAUGGGUCGAAAUCGCUAUCUGAAGGAUACAAAACUUGAUGGUAAGGUUGUGGUCAUUACAGGUGCCAAUACUGGUAUUGGCAAACGGACGGCCUAUCACUUGUCAUUGAGAGGGGCAAAGGUCAUUAUGUGCAGCCGUGAUGUGACCAAAGGUGCGAUAGCCGCCCGUGACAUCAGAGCCCAAAACCCCAAAGCAGUUAUCGAAGUAAUGCAACUGAAUCUGUCGUCACUUUCAUCUAUCAGGCGAUUUGCCAAAGAACUAAAGGAAAGAGAGUCUAAAAUUGAUAUACUUGUUAAUAAUGCGGGAGUUAUGAUGUGUCCAAAGAUGACCACCGAUGAUGGCUUUGAACUACAGUUGGGAACUAAUCAUUUAGGUCACUUUCUGUUAACACUAUUACUGAUCGAUACGAUGAAGACCUCAUCGGACGCCCGCAUCAUAACUGUGUCUUCAAUGCACGGCAUGAGAGGACAGAUACACUUCGAUGACAUCAAUUUGGACAGUAAUUACUCACCGCUUGACAGUUAUUGUCAGAGCAAACUGGCCAACAUACUGUUUACCCGUGAACUGGCCAAACGGCUAAGCGAUUGGCCAAAUAUCAAAGCCUAUGUAUUACAUCCGGGAACUAUCACUACCGAUCUGUUCCGACACCUGUCAGGCAUUACGGCAAUCAUUUACCGCACAAUAGGAUACUUGUUCAACAUUGACACCGAACUGGGCGUCCAGACAACUCUGUAUUGUGCAUUAGAUCCCGAUAUCAGACACGAGUCGGGACACUAUUACAAUAAUUGCCGUAAAGACAACUGUCUUCUACGUGAGGCCACCGAUGAUCGUUCGGCCCGUCGAUUGUGGCAAUUGAGCCAACAAUUGGUCGAUUUGGAUGACAACUAUCGGAUCUAAUGAUGACAACAACAUUCAUUAGUAAUGAUGAAGACAUUUGUAGUG